CGGGGGUGACAUCCACGUUGACGGCAUGUACAGAACUUCUGGUGGAGCAGAUACGCAACGAAGGUGAUGCCGACGUGAAGGCACUGUUCGAGGUUGUCUGGAGCAAUCUCCACCGCCACCCCCUCGGCGGUAUCGAGUGUGGGAAAACAGUGCGGAUCCUUCUCACGGUGCUCUAUGUCUGGGACAAGCUAUCGUCCACCAUGCCGCACCACUUCGUGGCCUGUCGCGAGGCCGCCCAGCGUUUUGUCUACCAGCGUUUCGUCCUGCACAAGGGCUACAACAACUACACACUGCUGCACUUGGUCUGCGACAAGAAGACCUUCGUCAGCGGCGCAAAGUCGCGCAAGAACUUCUGCCAGUUUCCUAGUCCGCCAUUGCUCAAGCUGCUGCUGGAGUCGGGCGCCGAUCAGAUAAUCGAAGAGCGUGACAGUCGCGGAAACACGCCACUUCAUACGGCGGCGGCUAGCGGGAACGUGGGCUGUGUCCGCGAGAUGCUCUUCUACCUGACUGCGAAGCAGGCGACGCUGACGAAUCAUUCCGGAGUGACUGCAGCCAGCAUCAGCUCCAAUAACACACCCAGUGAUAGGAUCCACAUGGUCAUUAAUGAGUUUGUGUCACGAUGCAAGUAGCAGCAUGCUCGCAGUCAUUGUGAUUGGGUUGCCUUGGACUUGCUUCUGCCUGAUUCCUUUAGCGAAGGAGACACCGUACAUCCGUCGAAACAGUCUUGUGACUGCAUGUGUGUGUGUGUGUGUGUGUGUGUGUGUGUGUGUGUGUGUGUGUAUGUGUGUGUGUGUGUGUGUGUCCCAUAUGGUGCAGUGGUAUGUGCAGCGAUUUCCAAUCGAUAGGUUGCGGGUUCGAUUCCCGACGAUUAUGGUCACACACGUCUUUCUUCUCUUUCUCAGACUCUUCCUGACUUUUCUUUCAUUCUCCUGGGUGGUUACCAACAGCCAGUGCAUGCCGGAGUAUGUGGUGUGAUGUGUGUGCGGGAAAAAAGAAGAAAAAAAGACCAAAAAGUAGGGAUUCACUGGCCAGAAAAAAGCCACUUCAAAGCUGUGUGGUGUAGACCAGGCUGAAUAGUGGUGGUCAAUUCUUCAGCCUUGCAAGCUGUUGAAUGGUGCAAUCCCAGCACAAGUUGCUAUGGCUUCUGCUGUAGCAUCGCUAUCAUCGCCUCUGGCGAUGGGCGUCCAAUGGUCAAUGGUGUG